AUGCCGUUUCAGUCACGGGCUUCGGUACAAUUUCGCGCGACGUGCAUCGAGCCUUUGCUUCUCCCACUAGCAAUUCCUACUACCGACGCGUUUCCCCCGCCGGGAUUUUUCUAUAAAACUAGCGAACAUGGCCAAGAACAGUGAAUUCCGUCCGCCGUACCGACCAGACCAGCAGCUACCUACCCAUACCGAGCGCCGACCCGACCGUUGCUGAGUCCAAUCCAGGUGAGUGA